AUGCCCUCCUGGGCCCUCUUCAUGGUUACCUCCUGCUUCCUCCUGGCCCCCCAAUCCCUGGCACAAGUCACCAGCCAAGAUGUCUCCUUGCUGGCCUCAGACUCAGAGACCCUGAACUGUUUCUCCCGAACAUUUGAAGACCUCACUUGCUUCUGGGAUGAGGAAGAGGCAGAGCCCAAUGGCACCUACCAGCUGCUCUACGCCUACUCAGGGGAGAAGCCCCGUGCCUGCCCCCUGAGCUCCCAGAGCAUGCCCCCCUUCGGAACCCGAUAUGUGUGCCAGUUUCCAGCCCAGGAUGAAGUACGCCUCUUCUUUCCACUGCACCUCUGGGUGAAGAAUGUGUUCCUGAACCAGACUCAGACUCAGCGAGUGCUCUUUGUGGACAGUGUGGGACUACCAGCUCCUCCCAAUAUCAUCAAGGCCAAAGGUGGCAGCCAGCCAGGGGAACUUCAGUUCAGCUGGGAGGCCCCAGCUCCUGAAAUCAAUGAUUUCCUGAGGUACGAGCUCCGCUAUGGCCCCAAGGAUCCCAAGAACUCCACUGGUCCCACAGUCAUGCAGCUGAUCUCCACAGAAACCUGCUGCCCCGCUCUACGGAGGCCAAACUCAGCCCCUACUCUGGACCAGCCUCCAUGUAUUCAGCACACAGUGCCUCAACAGGAUGGAGCAAAGCAGACCUUCCCAACUAGAGAAGCUCCAUCUCUGACAGUGAUGGGUGGAAGCUGCCUCAUCUCAGGGCUCCAGCCUGGCAACUCCUACUGGCUCCAGCUGCGUAGCCAACCUGAUGGGGUCUCCCUUCGUGGCUCCUGGGGAUCCUGGUCCUUCCCUGUGACUACAGACCUGCCUAGGGAUGCAGUGGCAAUUGGAUUGCAAUGCUUUACCCUGGACUUGAAGAAUGUUACCUGUCAGUGGCAGAAACAGGACCAUGCUAGCUCCCAAGGCUUCUUCUACCACAGCAGGGCACGGUGCUGCCCCAGAGAAAGGGACCCCAUCUGGGAGAAGUGUGAAGAGAAGAAACCAAAUCCAGGAUUACAGACCCUCCAGUUCUCUCGCUGCCAGUUCAAGUCACAAAAUGACAGUGUUAUUCACAUCCUUGUGGAGGUGACCUCAGCCCAAGGUGUUGUUCACAGCUACUUGGGCUCCCCUUUCUGGAUCCACCAGGCUGUGCUCAUCCCUACCCCAAACUUGAACUGGAGGGAGAUCUCCAGUGGGCAGCUGGAAUUGGAAUGGCAGCACCCAUCAUCCUGGGCCACCCAAGAGACCUGCUAUCAGCUCCGUUACACAGGAGAAGGUCAUCAGGACUGGAAGGUGCUGGAGCCGCCGCUCGGGGCCCUGGGAGGGACCCUGGAGCUGCGCCCGCGGUCUCGCUACCGUUUACAGCUGCGCGCCAGGCUCAAUGGCCCCACCUUGCAAGGCCCCUGGAGCGCCUGGUCCGACCCAGCGAAGGUGGAGACCGCCUCCGAGACCGCCUGGAUCUCCUUGGUGACCGCUCUGCUCUUGGUGCUGGGCCUCAGCGCCCUCCUGGGCCUGCUGCUGCUGAGGUGGCAGUUUCCUGCGCACUACAGGAGACUGAGACAUGCCCUGUGGCCUUCACUUCCAGACCUGCACCGGGUCCUGGGCCAGUACCUUACGGAUACUGCAGCCCUGAGUCCGCCUAAGGCCACAGUCUCAGAUACCUAUGAAGAAGUGGAACCCAGCCUCCUUGAAAUCCUACCCAAGUCCUCAGAGAGGACUCCCUUGCCCCUGUGUUCCUCCCAGGCCCAACUGGACUACCGAGGAUUGCAGCCUUCUUGCCUGGGGAGUAUGCCCCUGUCUGUGUGCCCACACAUGGCUGAAUCAGCAUCCUACUGUACAACCCACAUUGCCAACCAUUCCUACCUACCAUUAAGCUGUUGGCAGCAGCCCCGAGAUCAGGCUCCUCACGCCCUGUACCCCGGACAGAUCCAAACCCUCUAGACCUCUCUGGGAACCUCCCUACUUUACCCCCCAACACAAACACCUCAGACCUCACCUCCAUCCCCCUCUGUACCAUCAUAGUUGGGCUUCAUAGCAGUGAUCUUAGCAUACUGCUGCUGACAUAAAUCCAGGAGCCUUUCUCUACAGGCAGGCUCAUUUGACUAAGCUCCUCUUUUACCUUCUGUCUCUCUCCUCUUUAAUGUCAUCUCCUUGAAAGGAAGUCUACUUCUCCACUUCCCAUUUACUCUUCAGGCUAUGUCAGUUAGUUCCCCUAUUAUCACUUUCCUAAUGAAAUUCCCAGGCAAAGUUCACCUCCAAUCUUAUUAAUCAUCAAUUUAUUUGAUCUCUCUGUGGCAUUUGUCAUGAUUGAGUAUUCAUCUCUCCUUUAAAUGCUCUCCAACUUUGACUUCCAUAACAUUAUCUUCUCUCGGGGCCCUGCUCCUGCCUCUCUGAAACAGUAAAGAGGGUAACUCUGGAGUCAGAGCUGGGUUCAGUUCCUGUCUUUCACACUUGGGAGCUGUGCAACCUGGAGCAAAUAACUUAAUGUCUUCAAGCCUUAGUUUUCUCAUCUAUAAAAUAGGGAAUAACGGUACCCCACAGAGUUGUGAAGAGGAAUAAGUGAAAUAAUCUAAGUAAAGCACAGUGCCUAAGACAGUGCCACAUCUCUUAUUCUGGCAUUUCUUUUGCUCCUUGAUUAUUGCAGUCCCUCAAGAUUCCGUUCUUAUCACAGUCUCCAAUCUCAUCUAUUCUCAUUGCCUUUACUAUAUCUUGACCAUUCCAAAGUUCUUAUCUCCUGCUCAGACUUCUACUAUAGCACCUGUGAUGCUUUAUGCAAGUAACUGUUUACUUGCCUGUCUCUUGCUACUAGAUUGUGAGCUUGAGGGAAAGGGCCAUGAUUUGUCUUUUUCCCCAGUACAUUAGAGUAGUACAGUGUAUGAUGUAGGCCUUCAAUAAAUGUUUUCUAAAUGGAUGAAAUCUUUCUGGACAAUGUUAC